CCUCUAUUAGAUGACUAGCCUACUAAAUAAUGUUCUGCAUUAUCGAUAACCUCGCAAACUAAAGAAAACAGUUAGGUUAGAAAGAAAAAAGCUAAACGUUCUACACUGAUCUUUCAAGGAACAACUACAUAUUUUAGAAUUAAUCAUUUGUUAAAACAUCACAGAUAUCAAAUAUAAAAAAUAUUUUGCUAUCGGUUUUUAAGAUGGCACUGGCCUAGAACAUCACGUGUUUUGUCUCUUGUUACGUGCAGUACAAUUUGGUGGAAAAUGUUUUCACGAUUCUGUAAUUUGUGUCACAAAACUGCGUACAUUCAGUUCGCGCAGUUACAAAGGUGUUACAGAAGAGCUUCUAAAAGGAGAGGCAAUGUCAGGCGCAUCGAGACACCAAAGGAUGUAGAAGGAAAGACGCCGAUAAUCGUCUGUAAACGGAAAGAGUUUAAUUUCUAUGAAAAGCAAACGUAUCCCAAAUACGAACCAAUACCAUUGGCUAGCACAGGAUGGUAUCAUUAUAAAUCUAAAGGGGAUCAUUUCUUCAUAUAUCCUUUUUCAAAUGUAGAAAAAGAAGCACACAGCGAAUUAUAUAAAGAAAAAGAAGAAGAGGAAAAAGAAAUAACAUUUGAUUCUUUCACACAUUUUGGUUUAGAUCCAAGACUAGCAGAUAUAUUAAAAAGAUACAGUAUAACAAAACCUUUGAAAAUACAGACAAUUGGAAUACCGAAAAUAAUAAAUGGCGCUAAUACCAUCAUAGCAGCAGAAACUGGUUGUGGAAAAACAUUGACUUAUCUUCUACCCAUGAUAGAUGAAGUUCUAAGAUGGAAAGAGUUAACAGGGACACGAUAUAAUUCUCCAUUGGGAUUAAUUGUGACGCCUUCUCGAGAAUUGGCAUUUCAAAUUGGGCUGGAAGCACAAAAAAUAUGCAAAUAUCUUAAUAUUCGUACAAAAACUCUUACUGGUGGAAAAACAAAAAUGAUGUUGGAUCCAUCUGUAGAGGAAGUUGAUAUUGUUGUAGCCAGUUUUGGAGUCAUCAGCAAAUUAACUACAAACAGGAUUUAUAAAUUGAACAUGGUCAGACAUAUUGUAUUGGAUGAAGCCGAUGCUUUAUUUCACAAGACGUUUGAGGAAAAGCUGCAAGUAUUCUUGAAAAGAAUUCCACUUGGCUUUGCACAAAAUGCAGAAAAUACCGAAUUACCAACAGCUGCCCAAUUUACCUUAGCAUCUGCAACAAUGCCAUCAAGAAUAUCAGAAGUUCUGGAAAAUAUCAUAAAUGUACAAUCAUUGGAACACAUAACUUCGAAUAAAUUGCAUCAUAUUCUCGUGCCACAAAAAUUUAUAAGGAUAGGGCCAAAUGAUAAACCUACCUAUCUUUUGAAAUAUAUCAAACCGAAAGUAACCAACAAGGAGCAAGUAAUCAUCUUCAACAAUAAGACUGAUACUUGUAAUUGGGUCAGUAUGUUUCUGAAGAAAUGUAACAUACAAACGGUUACCUUGAAUGGAGAUAUGCCAUUGUACGAGAGACAAAAUAAAUACGCAACCUUCAAAAGCGGUAAAUGUCAAGUGUUGUGCACUACAAAUGCUGGAUCCAGAGGGCUGGACACAGUGACGAUACGCCAUAUAUUGAAUUAUGAAUUUCCAACUGCAAGUGCUGACUAUAUCCACAGGUAUUCUAUUACCGGAAGAGUCGGUAGUGUUAAGAACUGCCGAGUGGACAAUUUUAUAAGCACUCCGAAGGAAAUCACUGCAGUGCAAAAAAUAGAAAGAGCAAUACGGAAGAUGAAACCGAUACCGAUAUUCGAUAUCGAUGAGACGAAGGAAGAUGAUACUCUUUAUGAGCCAUUUGAACCACAAAAUGAAAUAAAUAUGGAGGAGGAAUUUAGCAUACCAUACUGAAUCAUAUUACACGAUUGUGUAAAUAAAGAUUAUUUUAUCGUUCAA